UAUUUUUUACAGUUUUUUAUUAAAACAAUAUUUAAGUGGGUGACUUGUCAGUUAGUACAUAAAGUUAAUAAAACAACAGUCUGUGCACCACCACCACCAAAGCUUUUUGAGUCUGUUAGAGGUCAGCUUGUCCUCCUUUAGUUUCACUUUUUAUAGUGGAAUUGAGUUAUUAAUUUACUGGUUUCGUUGCUGAAAUCACACAAAGACCAGUAAUAAAUGUGCCAAUAUAGACAUCUGCUACAUAAAUACGAUUUAUCAGCAAUUUCUAACUAAAGAACCAAAUGUUAUAGUCCAUUCAUCCUUAUUUUUGACAGUUUCUAGUUGAUUUUAUUAGCAUUCGUUGCAAAAUUGGAUUGGUUUAGUUUGUAGUCGGAUUCACGAAUAGUUAAGUGGAAAGUUCCGUGGACAUUUACUUCUCGGAUGUAAAGUAUUGAAAAUAAUUGAGAAUGCUGACAUUGGUGAGAUAACACUGAUGCAGAGGAUAACUUUCUAGAAGACGGAGCUUAUCGGAAAGGAAAUCUACUGUGUUCUUAAAACUGUCCCUGAUUUGUGGUAUUCAAAGCAUACACUAUACGAUGCGAGAAGUACAUUUGACAAUCUUCUAAUUAAAAAAAUAAGGCAUUAAAUUCUUCACAUUCCGAUACAUCAUCGUCCUCCAUUUCUCUUAAAUAAUGGCAAACAGAGGAAGUCCAUCUCAUCCAGGAGGAAAGUCUACCCUUCUCAAAGCUAUUUUAUUAGGAGACGGUGGCGUAGGGAAAUCCUGUCUCAUGAACCGCUUUGUGUCCAAUCGUUUCGAUCCUACAUCAUUCCAUACGAUAGGAGUGGAAUUCCUAAAUAAAGACAUCGUAGUUGGUGGCCAGCUUUUUACUUGCCAAAUUUGGGAUACCGCUGGACAAGAGAGGUUCAAAAGCUUGAGGACACCCUUCUAUCGUGGAUCAGAUAUGUGCCUCUUAACAUUUUCGCUGGAUGAUAAAAUGAGUUUCCAAAAUUUGGCUAAUUGGAGGGAGGAAUUUCUCUAUUAUGCAGACAUUAGUGAUAAAACCAACUUUCCUUUUCUCGUUAUAGGAAACAAGGUUGACUUAGAACCGGAAAAGAGGGUCAUAGCGAAAGAAACAGUACUGGACUGGUGUGCUGCAAAUGGAAAUCUGCCCUACAUUGAAACCAGUGCAAAAGAAGCUACGAAUGUAAUUUUCGCAUUUCAAUCCGCCGUGGAAAAGUGGAUAAAGAUGGAUUCAAGUAGUAGUCGGAUAGAUAAACCAUACAAUGGUCAAACGGUCAGUUUAUCGGCGAGAGGAAUGACGCAACAAUCGCCCGGAGGAGCUGCAAGUUCAAUUACGCCGUCGUGUUGUCAAUGAUGAUAUUUUUAAAAGUCCAAAACAAUUAUUCUUAAGUUUUAUCCUAAACUUUCGAAUAACUAACUACUUAAAGUUGUAAUAGAAAUUUAAUUAAUUAUUAUAAGGUUUAUAAUCAUGAUCCACGAAUCGCAUUCUUAGAAAUUGACAAACCAACAAUGGACAGACAGCUAUAGAUCUUGAUUUUGUAAAAGUAGAGACUUAAUUAGACUCAAUGUAUGUAACCACGAUGGCCUCUUUCGAGAGUUUUUUUUAUUGUAUUGAUAAUUAUUUCUAGCUAUCGACUCGCUCUAGUUAUGCUAAUUUUAAUUACUGUAGCUCUUUAAUUAUUCAUCAUCUGACUAAUUCGUUAUCAUCAUUGUCCAGCUGUGUUAAUUAAUCACUACAUCCUCCACGGGUUACGAAUAUUCGUGAGUAUUUAAUGUUCUCGAGACGAUGAAGAAACACGCAUCAUAAUAUUAAAAUGCAAAAAUUGAUCAGCAACGACUAUAUACUUAAUGGUAUUAUUUUAAUUGGAGUUUGAUUUUAAUGUCGUUAAUAUCAGUUUUUAAUUUUCAGGGGUUUCUCAUUUGCCAAAGAUUUCCUUGUUUACUUUCGUUUGGAAGUUGACUUUGUGUAAGGGAAGUUAAAAUUUGAACUGAAUUCGCAUUUUUAAUUGUCGCUAUUAAAUAUAUACCCAUUGGUACAAAUUACAACUGCAGAUAUCUAACUAGUAUGUUACUAGAAUUAAGUAUUAGGUGCAUAGAUUUCUACUAUUUUGUUGUCGCUGAUGGGAAAUUGAUCGGACUAUUGGAGUGAUAUUUUAUUGUGCACUUUACUAUUAUACGCAUGAUAAUAAGAAUGAAUAAAAAACAUGGAUACACACA